AUCAACCGUCAAAUCGAAAGUUAAAGGCGCCGUAGUUUGGUUUUUUAUCAAAAACUGAAAAAAAAAUCAAAGACUUUCCAGAGCUUUGAUAAGGAAUAACGACAAUUUGAAGGAGCGGGGAAAAAAGGGAAGACCCAUGACCGCCAACGGAGUUUAUGGUAAUCAUAUCAACAAUAACUCCCCCCCUCAUCAUCAUCAUCAGCCGCCCAGUGGAAUACCCAAUGUCUCAACCACAAACAUGUCUCAACCACCUGUAACCAACUCCCCAACCUCUUCACCCUCCCAUCAACCGAAUGGCAUCGAAUUAACGGAGAACUUCUAUAUCAAUAAUCGCAAUAAACGAAAACAUAAUCUCAAGAUCCAAGUCCAAUUGAAUGCCAACGGAAUUUAUUUGCGACGCGAGACCCCCGAUCAUGAUCAGAUUACAGAGCAAUUGAUACGCAUGGAGGACAUAAUUGGUAGCUAUUGUGGUGGCAAGGUCAAGAAAAAGACGGGAGGUGUAUUGCACUCCUGCAAGCGUAAACAGGAAGAAGAUGAGGAGCAGCAUCACAGCGAGGGCUCUACAGACAGCCAGAGGCAGUCCCAGCAGCAGCAGGAUAUUUCUGCCUAUUUAUAUAUCUAUGCCUAUGUGAGAAAGGAGAAACCCCUGAGGCGCAUGCGCACUGUGAGAAUCCUGAGAUUCCGUUCCUUUUUGACCUAUGAGGAUAACUUGAAAUCCGCCGAAAGAUGGCAGCGUGCCAUCAAAAUAAACAAAGGCUCCGACAUGCAUAGCCUGGGCCGCAAACCUCUACUGAUUUUCCUUAAUCCCAAAUCAGGAUCCGGCAAGGGUAGAGUUAUGUUCCAAAAGCAAGUGAUUCCCGUGCUCAAGGAAGCCGACAUACCCUAUGAACUGAUGGUCACAACCCAUGCCAAUUUUGCCCGGGAAAUGGUGAAGAAACGUCAGGAUUUGCCUCAAAAAUACAGCGGCAUUGUGGUGGCCUCCGGUGAUGGCCUCUACUUCGAGGUACUCAAUGGCAUUAUGGAGCGCUUAGAUUGGAGAGUUUUGACCCGAGAUUUGCCGUUGGGCAUUAUACCCUGUGGUUCGGGUAAUGGCCUGGCCAAGAGUAUUGCCCAUUGCUACAAUGAACCCUAUGAGCCCAAGCCCAUUGUAAAUGCCUCGCUGACAUGUGUCUCCGGAAAAUGGGCCCCCUUGGAUGUGGUGCGCGUCGAGCUUUUGACCAAAGAAAAACAGCAACAGGAAAUGUUCUCCUUUUUGGCCAUUGGUUGGGGUCUCAUUGCCGAUGUGGAUAUAGAAAGUGAAAAGUUAAGGUCCAUUGGGGCCCAAAGAUUUACCCUGUGGUCAAUACACAGGAUUCUUAAUUUAAGGACCUAUAAGGGUAAACUAAGCUAUUUGCCCUGGAAGAGAACGGCUCAGGAAACGGUGAGAGGUUCCCUACGGCACAAGGUACGUAAAUCGGGCUCCACCUCGGUUUUAAGGCGGUUCCAGGAUGCCCUCAAUGAGGAUGAGGCGGAAAGGCCAAACAAUGAAGGCUUUGCCGAUGCCUGUGAUGGUGAAAAUGAUGAUGAUAAUGACUUUGCCGACAUUAUAUCCCAAUCUACCUAUAGUCCGGAUAGCUGGGCCUCAGCCAAAUCAAAUGUCACUGCCUACUAUUCCAUACCGGGUCAUUCGCUGCGCUCCAAUCGCAGUGUGGCCACCAUACAAAGUCGCAUUGAGGCUGCCAAUGCCGAGUUCAACACCACAAGGCCCCAAUCGAAAAUACCCGCCAUCACCGAACCCCCGGCUGCGGAUUGGAUUUGUGAGGAGGGCGAGUAUGUCAUGGUCCAUGCGGCCUAUACCACUCAUCUGGCCUCGGAUUGUUAUUUUGUCCCCGAUUCCAAGCUGAAUGAUGGCAUAAUUUAUUUGGUUGUCAUCCGGGCCGGGGUUGGCAAGUCGCAAUUGGUACAAUUCCUUUUGAAUCUAAGUGCCGGCACCCAUUUGGCCGAGGCUCCCACGCCCCACAUGCAGGUAAUACCUGUUUCAGCUUUUCGCAUAGAACCUGAUCUAAGUGAGUCUGGCAUACUGACAGUGGAUGGUGAAAAGGUUCCCUAUGGCAAUUUGCAGGCGGAAAUUUUCCCAGGUCUCAUAAAAACAAUGGUGCCCAAUGUUCCCAGUCCGCCGGCGGCAGCAGCAGCAACAGGAAAUAAUGGGUCAGAAUAAAUUACCAGUCAAUUUUGUGGGGAAGAUUCCAAAGAGAAUUUCAUAAAAAAAUAACUGGGAAGAUGAUAAUUUGCUAUUAACCGGCCUCCCUCCCUUGCCUUUCCCCCUCCUAGCUGUUGGGGAAACUAGAAGAAAAACCCGACAUUUGUUGCGUGUAAAAAUCAAUUUAUCUAGGCAUGGUGGAACAAUGUUGCGAAAAUAAAACGAAAUAAUUGAAACUAUGGCCAAUAGAGAGGAGAGAUGGAGAAACGGGGGGGAGGGGUAAGGGAGGCAUAUAAUUUUGUUACACAGUGAUCAUCGCCGAGCGAAAAAUGCCACAAAAUUCCAAUUCUUUUUGUUUAAUACGUUUUUGUUUUUUAUUUUAUUAUUAUUUUAACCCUCCCUAGUGAUAAGAUAAUUUGUAAACGGUGCUGAAUAGCUAUGCGAUUUUUUUUAUACAAACACACAUAAAUAUAUCUAUCUAUUAUUUGUA